AAUACGUAGGUGGUGCUGCAUCGCUAAAUGUGUAUUCAAUAAAUAAAAUAUUGCAAGAACUGCAACAACUGAAAAUUUCAGGAAUAAUGUCUUUGGCGAACGCGGUUGAUCAAUACACGAUUCUGUCUGGUGACCGAGUAAAAAUAAAAGAUCUGCUAUGCAACCGCCUAACUGAAUGCGGCUGGAGGGAUGAGGUGAGACUGCUCUGCCGCAACAUAUUGCUGGAGAAGGGUGGUAACAACAGCACCUCGGUGGAGCAAAUGAUAUCUGAAGUGACUCCAAAGGCACGCACACUGGUACCAGAUGCAGUGAAAAAAGAGCUGCUGAUGAAAAUACGCAGCAUUUUGGCAGAGGCAGAGGAUGAGGAUGAGCCCCACGACGAAGAGGAGGAGGACGACGACAGCUAGCAUUUAAAGCAUUUGUAUAUUUAAGUUAAUUAAGUACAUUUAUAUAUUUAAGUACACAUGAAAGAAAAGCUUGCUCUCAAUAUUCUCCAAUUAAAUAUAUA